GUAAUGUAAACAUUUGGUCGAGAGGAAUGCAUUUAGUUUAGACAGUAGGUGCUGGUGUACAUUAUCAUGUGCGGUGAUAAGGUGGCGGCACGGCGCGGCGGUUCAGUCAACGGCGCGGGGUCGCGUCGCGCGGUCGUAUGCAUCCCUCGGUCCGCAGUGUUGCCGCGCAGCCCGCGCUGCUUGUGUUCGCGCUCGCGUACGCGCCGCAUUCCAUCGUGGGGGCCCUUCGCCGCCAUUGGCCGAACCCGCGUGACGUCACGCCUCGUAAUGAGGUAUUCAACAUGGCCGUGUAGCUAGUUCGCGAGUGUGCUUCGUUAUUCGUUUGAAUGGAUUUAAUCAGUGAAAUAUGCCAAGGAGACGAAACGGUGAGAUACCCUUGCCCGACGGAUGGGAUUAUGCGAGGGACUUUGACGGAAAACUGUAUUUUAUCGACCACAACAACAGGAAAACGACGUGGAUCGACCCGCGAGACAGAUAUACAAAGCCGCAGUCGUUUGCGGAUUGUAUCGGAAAUGAGUUGCCAUUGGGCUGGGAGGAGGCCUACGAUCCUCAGAUCGGGCCAUACUACAUCAAUCAUGUCAAUCAGGUGACGCAGUUGGAGGACCCUCGACUAGAAUGGCUGAGCAUCCAGGAGGCCAUGCUGAGGGACUACCUCCACACGGCCCAGGAGGCUUUGGAGGCCAAGAAGGAGAUGUACGAUGUCAAGAAGCAGAGGCUGUGUCUAGCACAAGACGAGUACAAACAUCUCAACAAUGCUCUAUCGACGCUGGCUGCCUCGAGAACGAGUCUGUGUUCAUCAACGACGUCGAUGACGACGACGUCGACGACGUCGCGACACGACCCCGACGUGCUUCGGUCGGAGGUGUCGCAGGCGCGGGGCCGCGUCGCGCAACUGCGCAAGGAGUUGCGACAGGCCCGCGCAGAAGUCGCCAGCGCACGCCGGGGUGUUGAUACGCUUGCUGAAGUGGAACAAAAACUAAGUUCCCAGCAAGGCUGUUACAAUAUAACUGAAGCUCAAGCCAUAAUGACUGAGCUGAAGAACAUUCAGAAAUCUCUGACGUCUGGCGAGAAGGAACGCGCGGAUCUCAUGCAAUCACUAGCCAAACUCAAGGACGACCUCACCAGGUUACAACUUGGUGACGCGUCGCCCGACCUUUCCACAUUGAGUCUUCCCCAAGAGAAACUAAGCACUGCCUCACAAACUGACCUGUGUGCUGAUCUGGUGCCAAUAGGUACCAGGCUAGCAGAAAUGGCACGGGUACGCCUGCAAUACGACGAAGCUAGGAAACGGAUACAACAAAUCCAGCAACAACUAGCCGACCUCGAAGACAAAGUCCAGCCCGGACAAGCGGAAUCCGACAAAGAUCGCCUCCUACUCUUCCAGGAGAAGGAGCAACUCUUAAGAGAGCUAAGGAGUAUAACUCCAAGGACGAGGUCGAAGCAGGAAAUGAGUGAUAUCCAAUCGGAAUGUAAGAGAUUAGAGCAAGAUUUGAAGAAUGCGUUUGAGAUGUCCAAUAAGUGUAUAGCGGAUAGACUAAGGCUACAUGAAGAGAAGCAGUUGUUACUGCAGCAGUUGAAGGAUGCUUUGACGUCGAUGACGACGUUGGAAGGACAGUUGAAGACAUUGUCAGCUAGUACGCUGUCUGUCUCCAGCAGUUCAAGUCUAGGGUCGCUGUCUACGGCGAGUAGUAAAGGGUCCCUGAGUUCGGGGAUCAGUUUUACGGACAUAUACGGAGGUCCGCAGAUAGCGAGCUCCUUCCAAGCGGACAAACCUAUAGAUAUGGUGGACUUGCAUAGGAGAGUGGAACGGUUACUCCGAGGGUCCAGCUACAACACGGACAGCGCGACCCCAGCUGCCAGCAGUUCUCCGUCGCAGCCCUCGUUGUCUCCGCGCAGCAGCCUGUCUUCCGCCAGCCCGCCGCCGCCACCACCGUCUUAUAACCAGGUGGAAAAGCAGCGACGGCAACAAAAGGAACUAGAGGAGAAGUUAGCAGAAAUGAGAAUUAGCGUCGCGACGGGAUUGAACGAAGUCACUGGACUUGCAACAAUCCCGGUGCAGCUGCAAGGCCCGGGCCGGCCCAGCGAGCCGCUGUCGCCCAUCUCGGAGACGCCCCCGCCGCCGCUCUCGCCCAGGACUCCCUCUUCUAGUGGUACAAACACUAGAUCAGUGUCGGCAGCCGUGAGCGACGAGUCGGUGGCGGGAGACUCUGGCGUGUUCGAGGCCGCGCAGGCCGCAGACUCCAGCGCAGUGAACAGUGCCCAAAUUGAGAUCAAAUUGCGGUACUGCCCAGAGGAUAGCUCGCUGGAGAUCGGCAUACUGCGCGCGCGCAACCUGCACGCGCUCUUCAUCGACAUCGGCACUGAAGUCUGCGUCCGCGGCGCUCUGGUGGUGGGCGGCGGCUGCGGCGUGGCGCUGGGCGCGGGCGCACUGGCGUGGCGCGGGGCCGCGCUGGCGUGGCGGCACGCGCAGCGGGCGCCCGUGGCCGGCCUGCGUGCUCUGCGCGCCGCCACGCUGCAGCUCAACCUCGCCAGCGGGGCCGAGUGCCUGGGUUGUGCACAAGUCAGCCUGGCAGACUUCGAGCCGGACGUGGUCUCUCAGAAGUGGUACAACGUGCUGAGCUUCAGAUGUAUGAGGAGGGAUGAGAGUUCCGACGAGUCUACCGUCAUCUCCUCACAGACUUCAACCCUCACUAGGAAUAGAGGCCCUGAAAGCAUGUUGAGUGCAGAAUGCAACCUCGAGGGUGCCGAGAACUCGGCGUCGGAAGACGAAGAGUCAAGAGAACCACUCAAUCAGAUAGUGGAAGAGGACUCGUUUGAAGACUACAUUCCCGAGGAAGACAUCGCUCUAGAAGAGGAGUUCCUGCACCCCAGCACAGCAGAGAAGGAAACCAAUACCGAGUGCAACUUCUGUCCAGAAGGAGCGAGACAGCUGCAUAGACGGAAAAGUCAACAAGUAAAUGCGAGUCCGGAGGAGUCUUUGGCUACGAUAAAACGAUCUCAAACGUUCUCACCGCAGCCACAGAGCAUCGGCAAAGGACAGUAUAUUUGCAGAUUGAACCGUUCGGAGUCUGACUCGUCCAUGGCGCAGUACGCGCGGCGCGUGACGCUGCAACCGCCGCCCGCCGCCGGCAUACCCUUCGACAGGAGCGUGCGCGAGCGCAGGUCGCUCAGAUGGGGCCGCGUCCCGGGCGGCGCGGUGCGGCGCAGCUCGACGCGUGCGCGCUCGUCCCGCACGUCGCUGGACCUCACGCUGGACCUGCGCGCGCAGCACGAGCGGCUCGCUGACCUCAGGACCGAGAUCGCACACCUCGCGCAGCUCAAGAAGAGACUGGAAGAAGCGUGCGCCCGCGGCGACCCGUGCGUGGCAGCGUGGGUGUCCACGGACGAGACCCUCAAGCGGCUGGUGGCCGGGGCGGAGCCCGGGGACCGCGCCGCGCGCCUGCUGCAGCGCACCUGCCGCGAGAUCUACAAGCUGCGCAAGAGUCGCCAGGGGAAGCGCCGCCCCGACCUCGUCACCUUCAAAGAAAAGAUGGCAUUCUUCACUCGAAGCAAAUCAACUAUCCCCGUCUUACCUGGCGAGGAGGGAGACGAACAUCUGUCGGAGGACGAUUGGGAGGAAAUCUUAGAGGAAAGGAGGACGCCGGACGGGCGCUCGUCUAAGACCUCCUACGAGCUCAGGAGAGACCACCGUUGUACUGACGUCAGACAAGGGGCUGAGCAGGAAAACGUGAAAACCGAAGUCGUCGAAUGCAAAAACCCGUGCAUUAACCCCGAACCGUGCUACGAGAAUAUACCGGCGACGCAAAAUUUGGCCAACAAUAUAUCCGGAAGCCAAAUCUUAUCCGGAAGCCAAAACUUAUCUCUUACCCAAAACGUAACGAUAAGCCAAAAUACAACAGUAAAACGGUCAGACGAAGCGAAAGUACUGGAGGAAGAACCGGAUACGGAACCUAAGACUGAAGAUGUAAGGUAUGAGUUUGUUGUUGAUAGAGUACUAGGUGUUCAGGUCUGAACGAGUGAGUGAGUCACUUUGGAUCAUCGUAAUACCUUUAAACAAAUUGGUAAUAUAUACUAAAGUAAUAUAUAUAGGAAGGUUCAAAGUGGCUAAGAAUGGACUAUACCCUGUUAAACGUAGCAUUUUGACUACAGGACAGAGACAGUCGCUUAGUCCGAAAGAGACGAAAUAUAUGUUUCUUUCACGCUAAAGUUACAUUUUACAGGGUAUAAACAGAUAAACGGCACCGUAAAAAAAAAGAAUUUGCUAAUAAUAUGUUCUGUGAUUAUAACUAUUGAGAUUUCUGGAUUGAAGACUGAAGUGAACUAUGAAUGUAACAUUGAUAUGUAUUUUAUUGGUAAUUAUAUAUUUACAUCGGGGGGGUUAAAAAUGCCACAUAGAAGCAAUUCAUUUAAAAAAGUAACAUUGCUAUUUGCUAAGUAACAUUUAUAUAAAAAUAAUUGCGCAAUGUCAACAAAGUGUCAAAUAGCAAUAUUGCUUUUGAUGAGAUGAAUGAAGAACUUUUCAAGCUACGUUCUCCGACUAAAAUAUAGAUGGCGGUGUAUACCUUUAACGUGCUAAGUAUUUUCUCAUUACUCUGGUACAUAAUUAUUCAAAAAUUUAAUGUAACGGCAGAGGCAUAUAUAAAAAUAAUUGUUGUUUGAAAUUUGUAUCAGAUAUGUAUAGUGUUAGAUGUGUCAGAUUGAGGAGCUAGGUGGCGCAGCGGUAAACGCGCUCGGUCUGCGAUUGUUGAAGCUAAGCGACUUUCGCAAAGGCCGGUCAUAGGUGACCACAAAAAAAAGUUUUCAUCUCGAGCUCCUCCGUGCUUCGGAAGGCACGUUAAGCCGUUGGUCCCGCCUGCAUUAGCAGUCGUUAAUAACCACCAAUCCGCACUGGGCCCGCGUGGUGGUUUAAGGCCCGAUCUCCCUAACCAUCCAUAGGGAAGGCCCGUGCCCCAGCAGUGGGGACGUUAAUGGGCUGGCGAUGAUGAUGUAUAGUUGCUACCUAUAUUGCUUCUCUUUAUUUUGAUCAGAAUAAAAUAGGUGGAAGAUGCGUGUAAUAAAAAGCGUCAUCGUUUGUAGCCAAACACAAAGAUAAAAGGUACAUAUGUCUGUUAUUCAUGAAAUUAGAAUGUUAAGCGAAGGCGUACAGUGCCAUCCAUAUUUUUCUGGGGAACAUGGCCUAUAGAGUCCCUCACUGCUUCGAUGUGGACUUUUUAACUCCAUAGGACUCAAAAGUGCGUUAAUAUGUGCAAAUACAGUGCCAUACAUAAAAAAAAAUAUAACAUUGAAACUAUAAAAAUAAAAUACAUCUCCGUAUGUAUUUUAUACAUUUUUGAAAUAUUAUUAUACAUAUUUUGUACAAUGAUCUAGUGCCUUAAGCUGGUGCCUUAUUUAUGGAAGAAUUGUGCCAUAAUGCGGCAUGGUUUGUUAUGUACAAAAUAGUUGUAUGAAGUCACAAAUAUAUGCCAAACGAUUUACUUGUAAGAGCGGUGAUGAUAAUAGCAUUAUGUAUAUACGUAUGGAAGUCCCACCGGCAUAGUUGUUCUACUGUGUAUAUAAUGUGGUUGAAUUCUAUAGUUUAUCAUGGCUACAUUGAAAAGAAAAAAGGAAAGAGACCUUUUUGUAUUCAAAAGUGUUUGCUAAUAAGAAAUAUUCAGGACCUCCGCGAUACAGGACUAGUGCGGGGUCCGCCAGUAAUGUAUACAUUUUUAAGUUGUUUGAUAAAUAAACAUAUUGUAUUUGUCAUAAACAAAACAGUUACAGAACAAAAAUAUUUGAAAAAUAUAAAUAAAACAAAAAUAAAAUUAAAAUAUAACAUUGUCAUAGAAUAAAGAAUAAUAUAGAAAAGACAUUCUCCGCCCCGCACUAAUUCGUACUGGUGCCGAGCUAGAAUUAAUUCACCCUUUUAUUAGUCUAAAUGGCCGUAAGUCGUUAAGGAGUGAGAGAGCGCGCGCGGAUUAUUUGUCUCGCUCGCACUUACGCGUUAAGCGGCAAACGGCAAGAAUGAGUAUUUUAUAUCGAGUGUCCGGGCUGUUUUUUAAUUUGGAUCUCCUUUUAUUUCUAUUAGAUUCUGAGAUUCAAGAAGCAAAAACUAAGAACAUUUUUUUUUAAAGUCUUUUUCAUGUAGUCAUGUGACUAGAACAAUUUUGCCUUAGAAGUGUAGGGUACCACCGAGUUAAUAGGACUUGAAUGACAGGCCAAAUAUGCUUUGUAUAUACAGGCUAAAUUGCGCAGGAGUCGAUUAUAUGCAUAUACUGCCAUUAGGAAGCGUAAAUUAUAUAUUGGGCGACUUGGUAUGAUAAAAAAAUAUAUAUUUUUAUAACUUUGUUUUUCACCUGAAACGUUGAUAAGCAACAAAAAUGCUAAACUCCUAAUACAAUAGAAUUUUAUAUUUGAGUCUCCGGAAUAAAUAAAUUAUAGCUCCUUACAACAGAAAAAGAAAAUGAUGGAACCUAAUGACGUAUUUUCUAACACGAAUAUUGUUAUGGCGAAUCCCUCCUGUUCUAAAUCGAAAAGAGAUUUUAGAGAUUUUUUAGAUUGAAUAAUUAUUUUUUCCAAGGUAUAAAUAUAUUUAGCUGAUAUUCUCAUUAAGGAAUUGUUAAAAAAACAAGAUUCGUGUAAUUUACGAGCACUGGCAUUCAGAAACUUAUCGAAGUUAUUUUUGGGUUUCAUAAGUCACCAAAAUGCAACUCUUUAGGGCAUUAUGUCAUUAGGACACCAUGGUUGCGCCACCAGCGGGAAAUCAAUCGGGAUUCGGUUGCCAGCAACAAAUUGGUUGCGCAACCAGGUGAGCCUUUACACAAAUGCGUACAUUUUGUUUGUGUCGCGACUGUGGCGGCGCCAUCAUGGCGUCCUAAUGAGAUAUGGCCUGAUACUGAGCCAAUUUAAAGUCGAUAAGUGUGUCUGAGCCCUUAGACGUUUAUACGUGCAAUAUCUUGACGUACUUGUUCUAGGUGUAUUCCAUUUAGGUCUUGAGAUCUGAAUCCUCUGAAUGUAUAAUUUCUCAUAAUUACGUCAUUCUACGUACUCGUAAGAUAAUGAAUUCACUAGUUGUAUUCUUAAUUUAAUUGUAAAUUUUGUAUAAUAUUUAAUUUUAUUACGUAGCAUAAUCCCUGUGUACAUAAUCUGAAAAUGAUAAUUCGUAAAAGAUGCAUAUCUGUAUUUUGAUUUUGACUUCGAUUUUAUGUUUAAUUAAUAGCAAUAUUAGUUGAUGUUAAGUAUUUUUAUUACAAAAUAGUAUAGAUUAGUAAUAUAAUGUUACAUUUUUGUAAAAAAUGUAUAUUUUAUAUAAACAUUUACGUGAAGUUUUAUACAUAAUUUUGUAAUGGUUACGCAGGUCAACUUGGAUUUGCCAAAUUAAUAUAAGCGUUGUUUUAAUUCUUCCAUUAAAAAGGGAUUAUUAUAUUUUGUAAAAAUGCCAAUACUGACGAUAGCCGGUUGAUAUAAAUAAAAAGUGAAAAUAAAAAUAAUAAAUUAAUAAA